AUGCCGGCGUCCCUGAGCUUGGGGACCAAGCCGCCCCCGAACCUUCCUCCGGGAAAGCCUCCUCCGGGAAAAGCCCCGGGCGGCCGCCGCAGCGGCCGCCGCCGCCCGCCCCAGCCCGUGCGGCCUCCGCGCCUCGCCCGGAGCCGCAGGAACCCCCGCGGCCGCCGCUGCCCGACCCGCGCCGGGAGCGGCAGGGCCCGCCGGCCCGAGCGGCGGGAUGGGACCGUCCCCGCUUCCCCUCGGCCCCGGAACUCCCUGCCCGGCCCGCGGCAGCUCCUAUGCCCACCGGCCCGGGGAGGCCCGGCCCGGGAACUGCCCCGGCCCCGGCCAAGGCUCCCGGCCCCCGGUCCCGGCAAAGCUCCCGGCCCCGGCGAGGCUCGCAGCCCCGCCACCCCUCACCUGCUCCGGGCUGCAGCUGCCGCUGCCCCCACGCCCAACGCGGAACUGGAAAAACACGCGAGGCCGCUGCCGCCGCUGCUGCUUUUGUGGCCCCGCGCAGGCGCCACCGCCCCGGCCCCGCCCGCCCCGGUUCGGCUUGAUUCGGCCGAGCUCGAUACGGCUCGGUUUCGUUCGGUUCGAGUCGACCUUUCGGGUAAACUCGGGUAUUUUCGGCCCAACUCGGUUCGGUUCGGCCCAACUCGUCUCCGUUCGGUUUCAUUCGGCUCGACUCGAGUCUUUUCGUGCAAACUCGAGUAUAUUCGGCCCAACUCGGCUAAACUCGUUUUUCUUCGGUACUUUUCGCUAGUUUCGGCACGGUUCGGCUCAGUUCGUCUCUGGUCGGCUGAGCUCGGCUCGAUUCGGCUCGGUUCGGCUGAACUCGGCGCCACUCGCUGCCUUCGGCAGAGCUCGGCUCGUUUCGGCUCGGUUCGGCCCAACUCGGCGCCGCUCGCUGCCUUCGGCCGAGCUCAGCUCGGUUCGGCUGAACUCGGUGCCGCUCGCUGCCUUCGGCCGAGCUCGGCUCGACUCGGCUCGGUUCGGCCGAGCUCGGUGCCGCUCGCUGCCUUCGGCCGAGCUCGGCUCGGCUCCCUGCGGGCGGCGCGGGCCGGGCCGAGGCGCUGCGCGGGGAAGCGGCGGCCGCCCGGCGUUGAACACCCAAAGCUCGGGGUUUUCCCGCUGCCGAGUCCCGCGGGCGGCCCGGCCAUCGCACGGAUACGAACGGGAGCGCGGCGUCGGGCCGGAGUUCAUUAGGCGGGGACUGCACUCGCGCUAAUUAAUGGUCAGGAGAGCCGGAGGCUGCGUUCGGCGGAGCUCGGCUCGGUUCGGCCGAGCUCGGCUCACUCACGAUUCCUCAUGAGAGGCAUCGCUGCUCCCCGGGGAGUGGAGCAUCAGCAGGGCACAAGCCUUGGAAAAAGCCUCAUGAGCAAGUGUCCCCCUGAGGUGGACAUCGGGUGCCGGGAGCAAGAACCACCACGCCGGGGUGGUUCAGUCUUGUGGGGCAAGAAUUACCCCAGGCAAAGCCUCCCUGUCACACCUCGGGGGUGAGGGAGCUUGACCACAGCACGUCUGGGGGCACAGGGAUGGACCUCAUCCCCUAAACUCCCGAAAUGGGGAUCCCCCGGAGACCUGCCCUGCAGAAACUGCAACAGAAACCAAAGCUAUCAUCAAGAUAACACUAACAAACCUAGAAUACAAUAAAUGGACAAACCCAACCCAAAAUAUAAAAGGCCGGAGGAAAACCGAAGUCUCCUGGCAGGGACAGACCAAACUGACAAGUCAGAGUUUUUCCCCGGGCUGCACCAGCUCCCCCAGCCUCACGGGGAGCGCGGCGUGCCAGGGCUGCCUGCAAGGGGCUGCCUUCUGCAGCGGGCACCAGGAGAGGAAGGGCCGGCGGGGCAGCUGGCAUCGCGCGGAUGGGAAGCCAGGCCCCGGCAGGCAACACUUAUGAGCUGGGCAGAACCUUCCUCCUGGAGGAUCAAAGUUUCUCUGGAAAAAAUGGAACUAAAACUAUCCAGAGCCAUCUGUUCCUCCAGGAGAUAAGGAGGAGUGGGCACCCACACGGGAAAUGGGGAGCAACUUGGAAGUCUGGGUGUCUCAGCUCCUGCCUCGGUCACGGGAGGGAGCGGGGUUUGUCCUGGCAGUGCCGGUGUCACAGACAGAGGCCCGAACGCGGCUGCCUGUACUCGGAUGGGACAAAGCCCUGCUGUCCACGCCCCGUGUGAUCCUUUAGCCCGCACCCGCUGCCCACGGUGCACUGCAACAACUGGGAGGAGAAGCUCAGAGCCGAAGGGAAAAAGUCUCCUUUACCUCUGUGAAGGACUGUGUGCCCUGCACGUCUCCAGGAAGGCCACAGCCACUCACCAGCUGUCUGAGUGGCUCUGUCGGACAGCUUCCCAGCCAGCGCAGCAGAAAGGAGCUCGGCGUGGCUGUGCCAGGGGUUGUAUGUGCAUCUCCACGGCCUGGAAAGAAGUCAGAAACAGGAGAGAAACCUAUCACAAUUCCGGCCCUUCAAAGAGAGAGGAAACUCAGUCACGUAAUUGAGGGACAGCCAGUUAGUCCUAGAGGGUGCAAGUGCUUUAAUUCCAGCUGUGCACACAAGGCUUUAGUAUUCCGUGUAGCUUAGACCAGGGUGUUUCUCCCUGGCUCAGCCCCAGAGUCCAGCUGGAAGCAGGAAGCACGGCCACGUUAGCAAGCACC